GUCGCCGUGCGUUCAUCCCUCCCCUCGGCGAACUGUCAAAUCGGCGAGCGUUGUUUGUAUACGAAAUUAAUAUCGGGUGUUUGGCGUCGCUGACAGAUCCAAGUGUGUAUCCCGGUCGAGGUAGCCUGGUUCAGGGUCAGAAUGAGUCGUACGAUGGACGAGAAGGAGGAGCUGGUGAAGAAGGCCUUAUUUAGUUUCGUUAGGAAGCAGGUGCCAACCGCUCAGCUCAGCUUAAUAGAUGACAUUGUGCUCAGUUAUGUAGUGAGUAUGGUAGAAGAAAGCGCAUUGGAAGAGAAUUUAGACGUGGACGGACUGUGCGAAAUGGUGUCCGCCUGCCUUCCCGAGUUUUCCACUAUCGAGAAAGAGGCUGUGUCAAAGUGGUUGCUUGAUGUAGAGAGUAAACUAAAACAGGAGACUAAGGAGAACGAAAAUUGCCAGUCCCCUAGUGAUCCACUGAAUCACAUCAGCCUGACAGCUCUCUUGCCAGCUGGCGCACAAAGAAUGCGGGUACAUCAUCUCUCAGAAACGAGCGAUGCUGGAAGUGAUUCUAGCGGGGAAUACUUUUCGGAAGUAAGGGUGAGAAACGAAUCUUCUUGGCAUCAAGUGGCUUUGCUGCAAGAGAUGUUCCCGGCGGCGAGUCCCGCUGAAGCGAGGCAUUGUUUAGCGGUAGCUGGGGGUGAUAUAGCAAAAGCCGCGCAACUCGCGUUACAUCGUCAGGAGGCGGGUCAGAGUAUCGUCAGCAACCUUACGUUUCUAACGCCCAACGGUCGUAAUAAAGCGAGGGUGAACGACGAGGAGUUAAAGUCUCGUAUCAUAGCGCGGUACAGUUACGUCGACAGGGACGACGAUUGCCGCGAGCACCGCCCGGUUGCGCCGAAAACGGAGCCCAAGAAACUGGUACGGUAUCUCGACAAUAAGAUUGUAAGUGUGAAGGGUGAACGUUAUACGGAAGUGCGAAGGGGCGGCGAGGACGAGGACGGUAACGAAGGUAGUAGGAAGAGGGGCCAUUGCCGUCCGUAACCAGUCCCUUUGCCUCCACCCCCUGAUCCACCCCCUUGGAGGCAUCUGAGAGAUUUUCAAUUAACUUAGAUCAUUUUCAUCUUAUUCAUAUAUAAAAAUAUAGACGAAAUAUCGAAUUUAAAAGGCGUUUGCAUUUCCGUUGACGUUUCAUUUUCAUGUAAUGCAGCCUGUACAACUCUCGGAAUCUCUUUCGUGUAAUAUUAAUUUAUCGUUAUUACAUGGCUAUAGUAAUAGUUGUUUUUUUUUUAUAUUUGUUCGAAUCUAUUCGCGAGUAAUUUUUUAGUAGAUAUCUCUGAAAUUUCACUUUGUAUAGAUUGUAUCUUUACAAUCGAGUGUGCAAUGGCCGUUUUAAAUAAAUAUUUAUAUUUAUAGCUUAAAUAUAAUUACAGCAGGAUUAUACAAGAAUCAAGGAUUGCUAUUCGUAUCGAGAUAUAGUUACUAAAGUCUUGUGAGGAACAACUUAUUUUAGCAUAUAAUAAAUUCAUUAGGAUUAAUUUUUUAAGAUUAAGAUGUUUUUCAGCUUCCACAGUCAAAUAUUCUUUUACGAAGUAUUUAUCUCGUUAUUAAUUUUACAUAGUUAAGAUUUCAAUUAUAAAAGAAAUACAUAUUUGAUUUAGAGAAUAAUUUGUGAAUUUUACUUUGUUAUGUAAAAAUAUACAUAAGUAUAUUUUAUUAUUUAAGCGAGCUGGCUAUUGUAAACUCGGCAUUUGACUUAAUAUCCAUUCCUUUUUCAUAAUAGUCAUGUUACAUUUUUCAAGUUUAUUUUAUAUAGAUGUAAGAAUCCUUUUUUCACAUAGAAGGAUCCUUCAGAAACAGAACGUCUAAAUUUCUUGAUUAAUAAUUCAUUUUUUCUGUCACAUAGAAAUUGUACAAAGCGAUUUUUUAUACUUGUUUUAAAAUGUCGAAGACAUUUAAUUAUGUUUUACUUUUUAAUAUUUUCAAGUCUAAUAAAAUAUUAUAAUAUAUAAAUAAUAUCAUUAAAUGUUGUAUUAUAGUAAUAAUAUUUAAUAUUAGUGGAAUAAUAAUUUAAAUGCUCUGUUUCUGAUGGAACGCUGUAUAUAUAUAGCGCCGAAUAGAAUUAUUUAAUUACAUUAUUAAUUUAUAAUUGUGUGAGAAGAACUUUUUGAUAUCGCGUGUGUAUAUUUUCAAUGUUGCAAUUGCUUUAUUUAUGUUAAUGCGAAAAAUAUUGUUUCUUAUUUUACGUCUGCGGAACGACGAGCGAACGAAAGGUGUGAUUUAUGAUGAAAAUAUACCUGAAAUGUAUUUAGGCAAAUAGCAGCAUUGUCAUGUAGCAAACUGAUCCUUUUUCAACUGCACUAUAUAGAAAAAUGUACUAUAUAUAUAUUAGUCAACAAAGCAAGAAUUUUUAUCCGCACAUUUAAUCAGAAAUCCAGAAAUAAUUGUUCAACAAUUUAGUAAGUCAAUAUUAUCUUAGUGAUGUAAGGAAUGAUUGCGAACGAGAAUGUACGUAUAAUUAUCGUUUGUCGAAUAAUCAAAAAUCGGGAGGUAUAUAAAUUGUAAAAAUUAUUUGACAAGUGCAUCUCUAUAGCAUCACGCAUUUGUGUCAAAUGAAAUUGAGAUCAUUGCUAAAUGAUUACAGAGUACUGUAGAUUUCGAAUAAUAUAUUGUAGUAUACGUACUUAGACGAACGCGAAGAUAUUUCGCUAGAAAAUAUUCACUCUCCUAGGGAUAAAGUCUGCUUAAAACCGCCAUACGAUUUGCCAGUAUUAUUAUCCUAUUAUUGCCGCUAUCGCACAGACUUUGAGGUAGCGCAAAUAUAAUCAUUAAAAUGUUAGAAAGUCAUGUAUAGAAUGAUGUAAACUCCAUACUUAUUUCAGAAUUCGUAUCUCGGCGGUGUUCGUAUAGAUAGACAUAAUUGCGAUUGCUUCCGAACGCUGUAACUGCAAUUUAAAUCAAGAUAUCUAUUUCGGUACUGAAUUUUCUCUGAUUUAAUGUUACAAACGGUUGUAAUUAUUUAAUGAAAUAAGGAAUUGAUUUGUACUAUAUUUGCUUAAAAAUAUUUUACAAAAUAGGAAGAACAUAAUAUUUGUAAUUAAUUCUCUCUUUUCAUUAAUCGACAGUUGAAAAUUUACCUCGUAAAUAUAUGAAUGUAAUGCAAUACAAAUACGAUAUGUCUUAUAAUGGGCCGAUUCUUGCCAUAGAUAAUUACGGGAUUACAUAUGAAUCAUGCUGUUAUUGAUAAUUGUGUACUCAUCACGUGGAUAAAUAUUUGCUGAAAACUAAAUGUAUUCCAUCGCCGAUUAAAUCUGAAUUAUACCAACAUUAUUUAUAGAUUUUUAACAUGUUUCGAGAAGGCUGCUAGGAAAUGCAGAGAAAAGAGAAAUAGAAAGGAAGAUUGAAUGGAUUACUUUAGUUUUAAGCAAAUUUUUCGAGUGUCCUUCUGUGUUGCAUAUAAAUAAGCACCGUGGCUAAUUAAUUUUCUCGUUAUAGAUGUGAACUUUUUCAAAUUGUGUGAAAGUAAGCUAAUGUAACGAUUGUAAUUUUAAUUGUACUUGCCUUUUAAUAUACUCUCAUCAUGUCAUAUUUAGAUCGCAAUUUAAAAUGUUAAUACGGAUUUUUUUCUCUUUAACAAUUGGCUGCUAGCGAUUACAUUGCAACGUGUAAAUUUUUAAGAACACUUAUUUUUUUAAAUGGCUUUUUUUGGAUCGAAGAGAAGGUAAUCAAUUACGGCAAAUAUAUAAAAGUAUGUAAUUAGGAUAUGAUAUCCUGGCGGUGAAUUCUGAGGCCUUAAGGACGGUUCAAAAAAAGUCGACAUUAAUAAAGUUUCAUUUUUAACUUAUAUAUUCGUACAAUGUACGCGACAUCUUUCGAUCUGUAUUUACAUCGCGUGCGAAAGAGAAAUUUUACAUUUGUUUAACUUUUCCAUAGAUCCGUUAUCUUAUUAUUUUUCACGUAUCUUAUUGAAGAAAACAAUAAGUGUUUGUCUAAUGUCGGUUUCUUCAUUUUUAAAGGUCUAAUUGACUAUGUAGCAUUCAUCUCCUUUUCAUUUAUCGAUAAUUAAUAAAUAUUAUGUACGAGAA